AUGAAUGAUUUGGGCAUCCGUAACGCAGCGGCCAGGAGAUAUGCGCACGGAGAGAAGCUCGACCUCGUACCCCAUCACCCAUGGGAGCCAUUUGGCUCGGGGAAGUUCCCGCCCUUCCAAGACGACUACCAACCGCGCUCGCUCCAGCCCACAGCGGAGGAGCUCAAGCCGAAGAAGCCUCAGCUCAAGAUCGUGGGGCCGCUGCGAGCCGGCAGAGACGUCGGCUCUCAAAUUCUGCUCUGCAAGGUCGUUCAAGCACCUACGGACCGCAACGACGUCAAGAAGCAUGCACCCUUUCCGAGUUUCCCCAGACAGAGCAAGGUAAGGCGAUCAGACAACUUCGUCGUCGCAAAGGUAUUCGACCCCCGGCUCUAUCCCAUGCGCGGCGGACUCGACCUGGCCAACGAACCCCCCUUUGACGACGCCACCGUCGCGUACAGCGAGCUCUGCCGCGAGGCCGCGGUGUACCAGUUCCUCUACGAGAAAGGAAAGUCCGGACACCCUCACAUGACUGCUCAAUACUAUGGCUGCUGGGUCACCAACCGCAAGGCCUUGAACAGCGAUUCGUCCCCGGACGCCUGGGUCGGCCUCAUUCUCAUCGAGUACAUUGAAGGCCUUUCGAUUGAGGCCAUGUGCACUCGCGACCGUAACACCGGAUACCUCCAGCCGCCGCUAGGCAGGGAUGUUUCGCUUCAUAGCGAUCACAAAGCGGAAGGCAAGGGCCAGGCCAAGAUGCUGCCGCUGGAUCGCCAAGUAUGCUUGGACGCCAUCAAGAGCCUCCUCGGUCAGAUCGUUGUGUGCAUGCAUCUGGGCGUGUCCGUCCCCGACAUCUUUCCUCGCAACGUCUUCCUCACUCUCCGCAACAACGGCCUUGAUCUCCCGACGCCCAGAGUCGUCAUGUUGGACCACCUGUUCUCCUAUGUCUGGGAGCACACCGAAGCUGGCAAGGCAGGGGUACCAGCCUACUUUGCCCAUAUGAAAUUGCCCCCCCACCCAUGGGAACAAUUCGGUAUACGCGGUAAGAUGCGUCAAUUCCUCGGUUGGAUCCCUGAGGAAUGGGAUGAUGGCAAAGCAUGGCCAGAGACAACGACCACCCAGGGGGCUGCUGCCACCACCGCGAAGUCCUUUGACGACUGGCUCGUGGACUGCUUCGGUUCUUUGCAAGACAGCAACCCAGAUUAUACCGUAUACCCAGAGGAGGUCUCUGACAGUGACGAGGAAGAAAAAGAAGAAGUCGGGGAAGAAGAUGAUAAAAUUGAAGUCUCGGACGAGGGAGAACCUCAACUAGACGUGGAGACCGUGACCGAGAUUGAUCAAGAGCAGGCUUAUGCGGAGAUGCUAAGACGUCGAAGAGAACGGGAGGAUGUACGUGCCCGGGAUGCCUCGAUCCCGCAACGCCCACGCCCGCGCCAGGCCCGCACCACCCAGGACAUCUCCCCCGGCUCACCCACGCGCAAGGCCGCAGCGGAAGAAGAAGAAGGAGGGGAGCAAGAAUCCUCAACGACGUCAACCAGCUCCACGUCCCAGAUCGCCAACAGCCCCUCUCACCAGUAUCUUGGCGGGCUCAUUGUUCGGGAAGCCACCGGAUCGGGCUCGGGUAGCGACGACGAGCAGCAGCAGCAACCGCCGCAGUCCUAA